AUGAUAAGAUCAGCGAAAGCUGAGAUGGGGAACGUGAAGGAAGAGAACGAGAGGCUGAAGCAGCAGCUAUCCAAGAUCGCCAAGGACUACCACUCUCUCCAUGCCCAUUUCCUUCAAAUCGUUGACCAACGAAACAAACGACCCAUCUCGGCGCCGGCGGAGGAGGAAGAAUCCGACGAGCUCGUCUUCUCCCUCAGCCUCGGCAGAAGCGCCGACAAAAAGGAAGGGAUUUUGGGGAAGAGGGAUUCGUCGUCGUCUAAGGAAGGAGGAGUAGUAGUAGUAGAAGAAGGGCUAUCCCUUGGGUCAAUGGAAUAUUAUUCUGCCAACCCGCCGGAAAUUAAUGAUGAUACCAAGAUAAGGCCGCCGUCGUCAAUAUCGGAGGGUAAAGAGGAGGAGGAGGUGGUGGCGGCGGACGCGUGGCCGCCAAGCAAAGUUCUAAAGACGAUGAGGAGUGGCAGUAGUUCGGAUGAAAAACAACAACGGGAGGAGGAGGAGGAGUUGCAGUUACAGCCGCAGCUCAAGAAAGCUAGGGUUUCUAUCCGAGCCAGGGUCGACACCCCCACGAUGAGCGAUGGGUGUCAAUGGAGGAAAUACGGACAGAAGAUAGCUAAAGGGAAUCCAUGCCCCAGAGCUUACUAUCGCUGCACCGUCUCCCCAACUUGCCCUGUCAGAAAACAGGUUCAAAGAUGUGUGGACGACAUGACAAUCUUGAUCACCACAUACGAAGGAACCCACAACCAUCCUCUUCCACUCUCGGCAACAGCCAUGGCGUCCACCACGUCGGCAGCUGCGUCAAUGCUCCAAUCCUGUUCCUCUUCCUCCAACCCUAACUCCUCCAUUUCCAAUCCUUCCACCACCACUACAAGGCCACUCCACCAGUUCUACUUCCCAAACUCCUCCAUCUCAACUUGCAACUCUCACCCAACCAUCACCCUCGACCUUACCACAACCUCAGCCCUCACCAACAACAACAACAACCACCACCACCUCUUUGCCUUCAACAACAAUCGAUCAUCGCCAUCGUCGUCGAACUUGGCUCCUAGAUACUCCUCCUCUUCCACGCUCGACUUCUCCAACUCCUCCUCUGUUGUCUUGCCUUGCAACACAAGCAACAUGAUGUUAGGUUACUACUCCUCGUCAUCGUCGACCUUCGGUAACUUGUUGGGGAAGCAACCGCCGCAGCCAACACCACCGCCACAACAUUUGCAUCAAGGGCAUUACCAACCAAACGGCACGCAAGUUGGAGCUGAUGAUCACAUGACAAUCGCCGCCGCGACCAAGGUGAUUGCUUCCAACCCAAGUUUCAGGUCCGCGUUGGCCGCUGCGAUCACGUCGUUCGUCGGGAAAGGUACAGGAGCUCGCGAUGAGGUUCAUAAUCAGGAUGGGGAACAACAUCAGCCAUUUACAGUAUUUCAAGGUGGCCAUAACGGUAAUAACAAUGCAGGGAAUGAUAACGUCAUGAUGAGCUUGUUCCCGCCAACAGCAGCCAAUGCAUCUAUAGGCCGUCCGUUUUCAGCUGCUAAUAGCGAGGAUCGGGUUGAAUAG